AAAAUCUACAUUUGGUUGCCUAUUGGCAACUGGAUUUUUUCAUUUCUCCAUAACCAUCACCUGUUGGUAAUCUUUUCAUUAAAACUCUAAACCACUUAAAGGACAUCAAUACAGAAAAAUAUAUCGAUUCUUUUUUCCAUGCGUCAUCAAUAAUUCAGCCUCUUCCUUCACAUCCACUAAUGCACGACUGCAUUCCAGCACAUCAGCUGUCGUCUCUCUGUAAUAAAAGGCGCUGUCAGGCUUUUUCAAUGACAUCACACCCAAUUGCGAGUUUCCAACAUGGCGUCCAGCCGGGUGCUGGGGAGGGAGGUCCAGGAGGAGCCGAGGCGCGCUGCGACCGCAAACCUCGACUUCUGCCUCCACAAAUACUCCCUGCUCAUCAUUAUCGGACGGACCGCUCACCUCAGACAGACGGGACACAUCAGCAGGGAGAUUGAACGAGGUAUUCGGUCAUGGGACAUCGACUUGAAAUCCUGUAACUUGAACCUCUAUCUCCAAGAAUUCCUGUCUCAUCACACGGCGUCAUUCAAGGGUGCAGGGCAGAAGUGUCUGCGCCACAGCACCAGAGUGUUGGACAUUCAGGUGCUGAUCGGUCCAUCUCAGGAACAGGUUCAUUCAGAGGUGUUUGCUCUGCUGUCAAGGGAAUCGGCUCAUAAGCUGUUGAUCUUGGCCGGUCAGAGCUUGGAGGAAAGUGGAGACCUGUUGUUUCACAAAGGACUGUUCUCACCGCACCAACUGAAACAAAUAAUAACAGAGCAGUUCAUAGAACAAGAGAGCUCUGCCUCCUCCUCCAAGCUCAGUCCUGACCCUCAGCUGUCCCAACAUCGGCGAGUGGAGGAAUAUUCUCCUGGGGAACCAGCCUUUGCAGGGUCCUUUCACGCUUCACUCAAUCCCCCAGAGGUGCUGCCUGCCAUGGAGGCCCUGGGGGAAUUCACCUCCCUCAUCUCCGGUACCCUUUGCCCUCCGUCCACCUUUGACCUCCUGCCUCCUCCCACCACCGUCGGUUUCCUGAAGCUGUCCCGUCCCUGCUGCUAUGUGUUCCCUGCCAGCCGCGGUGACUGUGCCUUCUUUGCCGUUAAUGGGUUUACCGUGCUGGUAGAUGGUGGCUCGGACGCUCAGGCCUGUUUCUGGAAGCUGGUUCGCCACCUCGACCGUGUUGAUGCAGUUUUGCUGACACACAUUGGGACGGAGAACCUGCCAGGAGUCAAUGCCUUCCUGGAGAGGAAGGUGGCCGAGCUGGAGCUAAGUUCUGAUGUCAAAGAUGACUUGUCUAAGAGGCUGAUCUCCCCAGAGCUUGGAGUCGUGUUCUUCAACGCCCCCAGCAGGUUACAGGUGGAGCAACAGCCUUGUCUGGACAAUGUACUGAAGUGCACACACCAGGCAGCCCUAACCCUCCAGUUACUAAAAAAGUUAGACAUCAGACCACAACCAAUGUUUCGACCGCAAGGAGCCCCUAUUGAGCCAAUAACCCUGUUCCAGAAGAUGGGAGUGGGACAGCUGGAUUUAUACAUCCUAAAUCCUGGCAAAAACAGCCAGGAGUACCAGACAUUCAUGCAAAACUGGCCUGAUUCAGUGUCAUCAGCAUCCAAAUCUCAAACCUUACCUCUCACCGCCAUGGCCUCGGUGUCUGCCCUGCUCGUCUGGCAUCCAGCGUGCCCUCAGGAGAAGGUGGUCAGGGUGCUGUUCCCUGGUGUUACCCCACAGGUUAAGCUGCUGCAGGGGCUCGAGAAGCUGAAGGGCCUGGCCUUCCUCCAAAAACCCAUGGUGACAACUGGUGACCUGGAGAAGCUGGGGGAAGACGGUAAGACCAAGAGGACAGAGAGCCAGGAUAGUAGCAGGUCACAAGGGAAGGAAACAACACCCAAACAUGGGAAAGAAAGAGGGGUUAGAGAAGAGGUUAAGGAGAUAUCAGUGAAAGAAAAGGGAAAAGGAUUGAAUGGAGUUGGUGUAAGAGAUGCUGAUAAAACCAAAAUCAAAGAGGGGGGUGUAAAGCAAAAAGCAGCAUCUUCUGAGAAGAAUACCUCAAAGAAAGGAGGAGGGAAGAAUGGGAAAAAGGAAGAGAAGACUGGCAAUAAAGAGGAGAAUGGUCUUAUGAAGAAUGAUCAGAUGAAAAAGGAUGGUCUCCCUUCCAAACCAAAGAAUGAAAAUAAAACUAAGCUCAAAAAGGAAGCAAAAAAUGACUCUAAAACAGGGGCGAAGAAAACAAAAAAAACAUCAGGAAAGGAGUCAAAUGAUGGCAAGAAGGCACACACAAACACUGAAAUGCCAAAUAACAACUCAACAAAACCUGAUGCUGGGACUACGUUAGAACUCCCAGAGCAAGGCUUCCCUGCUUCUGCCCAGCAGAAUCAAAAACUGGAGAAAGAACCUGAGGAGAACCCCUGUGGCUCUAAAAUGUCUACCCCUGAGGACAUGACAGCUGAUUUUCUCAAGCUGCGAGAGGAAACUGAACGAGAAGAGCUGCAAGUGGAAACAGCAGAUGAAGGAGAGCAGAAAAGCAGUGAGUCAGGAAAUGAAAAGAGCCUUGGAGGUCUGAGCAAAGAGACAAGUAAUGAUGCUGCCGAUGCAUCAGGGGAAGAAGCAGCAGGUGGUGUUGGGAUAAUGGGAGGAGAGAGUGGUGAUAAUGAAGUGCAGGAUAUGAUUGUGACUGGGGAGAAAGCUGGUGUAGAUGUACAGAAAGGGUCUGUAUGGGAGUCUGGAAAUGCUACCAAACCAGCAAAGGUUGUGGGAUUUCCGUCCCCCUUGAACAAGGUGCCGAAGAAUGAGCGCACGGUCCAGCUAGACUUAACCCCAACUGAGUACACUCUUCUAGAUGGUGCUUUGAGACACAGCCCUCCUUCAAGAUCCUCUCCAGAGAACCAGGCCCCUGUCAGCCCUGAUGAGGAGACCGUAGAGCCGGCCUCCCCUGACUCACGGCCCAACAGUGCAGGCCACACUCCUUACUGUCUUUCCCCCGACGAUGUGUGGUGCAACAGGGCCACUCUUAGCAGGUUACAGGCCCAGAUGGGUAACCUGGAGUCCGCUGAUGUCAACCAGCCAAAUGGAUCAUCCAGACAAAGUGAGGAGCAGCCAUGCCAGUCCAAAAACACAGAGAGCCACAUGAAUCCCAGAGAGAAGCAUCUAAGUUUCCUUUCUUUGGGUACAUUCAAAGACGGAUCUUCAGACCCCUCUCCAUCUGUGACAACCACCACGACUACACACUCCAUGCCAGCAGAGGUGAGCUCACCUCAGUCAACAGAGGUAGAUGAAUCACUGUCCAUGUCCUUUGAGCAGGGACCAACCAAUGUGAGUCAGAGAGAGGGGGAUGACAGCAUUCAUCACUCCCACUCCAAUGGAGGCCAUUUUGUGGGGAUGUCUUUGCCAAUGAAGAAACCUCCUAGAUCUUUGUGUCAAGGUUCAGAGAUAGGGCGACCUUCAGCUCCAAACACGCUUCAUUUUGAGGCAUCACCUCAUGAUGUUGAUCUUUGUUUGGUUUCUCCUUGCGAGUUCAAGCAUUUCAAACCUCCUGACUCCAGCUCAGGUGCCAGCGAGCCAUCCAGAGGAGCCUUCACUCCACAUCAUCAUCGGCAACAACAAUACAACCCAAAGGACACGUCACCCAGUGAAUCAAACGCCCCCGUCUGCACAGAGGACUGUCCAUCCACAACAGCAGAUGGAGCUCUGGACUCAGAUGAGGAUGACUCAUGCAGUGAGCCGACUAACUCCCCCCAUGACAUCUGCACCAGUCAGGCUCUUCCCCCAGACCCUCUUCCAGCCCCUCUCAGAGACAGUCCGCCUCUGCCCCCACAUCCUGACACCUCCAUGCCUGUUCCUCAGUCUGACACUGAUGCCCACGGGAAGAGAGCUAAAGCCAGCAGCAUGCGAGGGAAAAAAACACCAGGGGUUAUUGAGGGCUCCCAAAGAUCAGGUUCAGGGAAAAGUAGGACAGGGAGCCAAAGUGGGGUCACAAAAGGGAAUUUGUCUCGUACGCUUUCUUCCGGCACCCGCUCAGCACCAGCUAAAUCUUCACCAAAUCCAGGCUCUAAGUCUACCUCUGCUGGUGAAGUCAGUGUGUAUGUGGAUCUGGCCUAUAUCCCCUCUGGAGCCUCCUCUCCAACAGUCAAUGUGGACUUCUUCAGGUGUGUUCGCUCCUCCUGUUACAUCAUCAGCGGCGACAGUCCGGAGAGGGAGGAGCUUAUGAGGCAGACACUGGAUGCUCUGCUGGAAGGAAAGAUAUCCUGGCCGGACACUAUGCAGGUGACAGUGAUCCCCACCUUCGAGUCAGUGUCGAUGCAGGAAUGGUACCAGCAGACCCUGGACAGACAGAAGGAGCUGGGCAUCACUGUCCUGGGAUCCAACAGCACUGUCGCCAUGCAGGACGAGACCUUUCCUGCCUGUAAGAUAGAGUUCUGAGGCAACACUUUGAGAUGCAGAGGUGAAUAUGAGGAUGGAAAUGUGCAUGUGAGACAGAAAGGAACAGACUGGAGUGAGGAGUGACAGAAAAGAGAGUUAGAAACAGACAUUAUGGGGAAAUAUUAAGCUCCUUACUGAGCGAAAACAACUGAAUGGGUAAUUAAAUGGGGCAUCCACCCCAUCCCCUCCUGGUUUUCACCUCUUUGCGGGCUUCUUUUGCAUCAAAAAGCCCUUAUUUCUCUUCAUCUGUGGAGAACACACAUCCCUGUGGGGAGUAUUGCAUGAUUUUUUUUUUUUUUUUACCAAUGACCCUGUGCCAAACAGGAGAGGAGAUCACACUGGCUGCGAGAGAAGCAUGUCGGGCUGCAAACAUGUAGAUCCACAUGAAAGCUGAUGUUGUAGAUUAGUCAAAAUAGUUAGCACACAUAGGGUUAAAGGCACUAAGUGUUGGCUUGUUUUCUCAAAACAUUAAUCACUGAAGUGUGACAGCAGCCUGUGCUAUGUUUCUGGGCCCAUUUUUGCUGCUUUUGAUGCAACAUUUACAACUUCACCUGAGGGGAAUUCAAGGAUUACUCAGCUAAUCAAACAGCUCAAGAUAUUCCCAAAUGGCAAGAGUAUGCAAACGUUUGUUUAUGAAAGCAUUGUUUUCAUUGCAUUUCUUCUGUUUACUAAAAUACACAGCAUAUAGUUGGAUGUUUGUUGUGAGCACUGUGAGCAGACAUGAGGCGAGCUGUACUGUGUGUUGUACCUGCUUUAAAAAGUAUUGUGCCACUGUGGCUUCAAUGCCGAGCAAACAGACGCUGAUGUGUCCCGCUGUUAAUGAGUGAUAAUCUCCCCGCUGAAUCUGAGAUUACCGAACCUGAGUGUGCAAAGACAAACCUGUCAGCAGGGAUUAGAGCAACAGAUUAAAUUUAAUAGCAUUACAGCAAUCACCUUAUUUAGAAUGGUACUGUAACUGUAAUCCAUUACAAGUGCUUAUAAUCAUGCUAAUCAGGAAUCAGACUGCAAAUGCUUUUGUAGUAUUAUGUGUUGACUUAUUAUCUUACUAAAAAAACAUUAAAAGUAAUGACAUGUAUUUUGAUUGUGAAUAUGAUUGAUAUAUCAUCAGUAUAUUGUAGACAAAUAUUUUGCACAGCAUAAAAUCAAGGUUUAGUAACAGUGGGUCGUAAUGAGAGCUUACAGUCUGUAAAUAAGAAUAGAUGUGGACAAAAAAAAAGAUAUUAUUUAUAAUUGGAGGCAAUGAAAUCCUGAAAGUGAAAGUAAAAGUCAUCAAAAAUCACACUACCUAAUUACUAGGACUUAAGUACACAUAACACUUUAUUUUAUGUAUACAUAUUUCCCAAUAAAUCCUCUCUGGAAUAACCUAUGUCAUUUGGUACUAGAUACAGGGAAAAUAAAUACACUAUUCAGUUGAUACAUUUCCUAUUAAUUAUUAGCAUAACUUGUUAGCAAAAAUGUCAAAUUUGUGUACAUGCAGGCAUACGAUUUAUUUAUUAUUUUUCUAAUAGAAAACGAAUAGUAAUAAAAAAUAAUAUUUACUUGGGCUUAAAUAGAGCAGUUUGUCAAUAGAAAUUCCUCUGAAAAAACAUUAUAUAAUUUCUUAUACUCUCAUCAUAACUAACUACACUAACAACAUAACUAAAUCUUUAUUUCCCUGUAAGUUGUAUCAAAUUUCAUAGAUUUAGACCCAGUAUACUUUGAAUUUGAUUUAAAGUGAAUAAUUGGAAAUCUUUGAUGUAAUGGAUUACAUUUUAGCCUGUCCUUUUUUCUUUCUUCUAUCCUUUUAUCCCAGCCUGGAUGGUGAGAUGUCAAAGAAUCACACCUUAAACUAUGAUUAUCUGUGUUGCUGUUUUGCCUUUAAAAGGAUUAGUUCACACAGAUGCGAACGUGGCAUACAGACUUUCCUCAAUAUACCAAAGCAUGAUAUUAAAAAUGACGUCACCGACCAUUUUCCUCUUCAUCUGAAUGCUGCCUCCAAAUACAAAAGUACUAAAAUAAAUAAAUAAUUCAUUUUCAUUCAAUAUCUUAAAUCUUAUCUGAAAUGUAUUUUGUAAUUAUAUAAAUGCACUGUUAAACUUUUAUCAUGAAAUGCAAAUUGAUUUUUAUUUUAUGCAAUCAACCUUCUUUUUUUUUUUUUUUUUUUUUUAAAUCUGUUUCUCAAAUGGUGUAUAUGGAAUUAAUACUUUCACAUAUGUUAUCCAACUCAUUACAGCUCUUAUGGUUCCCUGCAAAUUUUCCACACACUUUUCUGCAAAAGGCUGCCUGAUUAAAUUGAUUUUUGUGGGAAUUUGAAGGUUGAACUAGGUCUGUAAUCACAGGCAACAAUUACUUGAACCCCACAGUAGCCAAGUGAAUCGUAACUGUAUGUCUGUGUCCCGCAUGUAUCAAAUACUGUGUGUACUGUAUGUUGUUUCAUUCAUGAUAUUCAUGAAGACAGGGAGCAAAGCACUGUGGGAAAACAGAGGCAGAGAGAGAGGGGUGUUGGAUGAAAACCGCCACUACAUACAAUGUCAAUAUGUGUGGGUUGUGGGGCCGGGAGUAAUGUAUGAAUAAAGAAUGUGCAUCACCAUUCAAACAUGUUUGCUGAGAGUCAUGAAAAUGCAAAUUCUAAAGUGGUGCAGCCUUGUAGAUGUUGAAUAAAAUUAUGAAUGUGCUGCAGGUCAAAA